AUGGAUGUACAAAACUCGACUGAGAAUCCUCAAUGGGAAGACAAGUCGAAUUCCCAUGCACCCACCGCUGCGGACGACCCCAGACCUCUACCCACUUCCAUUCUUCGCGUGAUUCACCACGCGAGCAAUAUUCCUGCGGAAAAGCAGACAGACGAUCUAACAGUCCCCGUAGAGCUGAUUGGUUCAUUUCUAUCCAAGGUCGAUUCCAUUUUCCCGAGCGGGUUCCCCGAGGGCAAGUUUGAGUAUUAUGUGGAGACAGACACACGACAGCGUGUCUCAAAAACGGAAGAACGCCUCGCGAACACCGACCUCCAUGAAAUCGAAACGUCCCUUCGCAAGGCCGGCGAGGUGCACAAGGAAGUUCGCAGCUACGUGCAGUCGAAGAUCCGUCCCGGCAUGCGCUACUGGGACAUCUGCUGCGAUCUCGAAGACAAGGUGCGUCUUCUGAUCGGCGAGAACGGUCCCUCGGCGGGAAUGGGGUUCCCCACAGGCGUCUCUCCGAAUCACGUCGCGGCACACUACACGCCGAACCCAGGCGAUUCCACGGUUCUCCAGUACCACGACGUGGUGAAGCUGGACUUCGGGACGGAAGUAAACGGGCACAUCAUCGACUGCGCGUUCACGGUGGCGUUCGACCCGCAGUUUGAUCCUCUUCUCGAAGCCACACGCGAGGCGACCUACAAAGCGAUCCGCAGCGCAGGCGUCGACGCGCGUCUCGGCGAAUUGGGCGGCCAAAUCGAAGAAAUCAUCACGUCCUACGAGGUCGAAAUCUACGGUCGAACCUACCCGAUCGUUCCGAUCCGCAACCUGUCGGGCCACUCGAUAGUGAAGGGUUCGAUCCACGGUUCGAAAGGAAUUCCGCUGAUCUACGAGGACACCGCGGAGAGAAUGGAGGAAGGCGAGAUCUUCGCGAUCGAGACGUUCGCCAGUACGGGCAAAGGAGUCGCGAAGGAGUCAGGAAUGACGUCACACUACGCGUUGAAUGCGAUGAGCGAGUAUCCAGUGCUAACCGAGCCGGAAGUGCGACUUUUCUCCCAUGUGAAGCGGACGUUCGACACGCUGCCGUUCUGUCGGCGGUGGCUGGAUCGCGAGGAUGGAGGGUCGUUUGCGGUGAAUGGGCUGCGAGGAAGACAGAGGAAAUGCAUCGACACGCUGAAUGAGCUGGUGAGGAAGGGAGUGGUGGAGGACUAUCCGCCAUUGUGCGAUAUUGUGGGGAGUUAUUCGUCGCAGUUGGAGCACACGCUUUUAGUGAAGUGGGGAAGAUGGAAGGGAUUGAUGGUAGGGAGGACUGUAAGGAGAUCUUCUCGAUGGGAAACGACUUUUGAGGAUUUUGAAAGUGUUUGUUGA